GGGGGAUACUCUGUUAGAGUUGUGCCCUCACGGAAACCUCGCGACAAACUCAAAUGCUGCGGGAGCAAGGAGGGCGAUCCCCCAACCUCCCCCGCAGGCCUCGCCCAUAAAGAUGUCGAGUCGGUCCGCCGUCGUUCUCGACUCCGAGGCCUCGCCUCUCCUUGCACACACCACAUCCACGUCGACCCGUCCCGACCGGACCACGAGCCAAGAUGAGUUCCGGUGACGGCAGCAAGGCUGUGGCUGCGAGGCAGCUCGAGGACCGAGAUGGCGACGCCAAAUUCAAGGCGACCGCCGAGCUCGGCGGCGACACGGCGGCCCAGCUGAUUGGAGCCCAGCACAUUGAGGUUACCGAGGAAGAUAACAAGCGCAUCCUCCGCAAGACCGACAGCCGCAUCCUCGCCAUCCUCAUAUGGGUCUACUUCCUCCAGAUCCUCGACAAGUCGGUGCUGGGCUACGGCGCCAUCUUCGGCCUGCGCGACGACACGGGCCUGACGGGCGACCAGUACUCCAUGGUCAGCUCCAUAUCCGCCAUCGUGACGCUGGCCUGGCAGCCCUUCUCGUCGUGGCUCAUCGUGCGCGUGCCGCACCGCAUCCUCAUGCCCACCCUCGUCCUCGGCUGGGGUACCGCCCAGGCCUGCAUGGCGGCCUCGCACAGCUACGCGGGGCUGCUGGUGACGCGCGCCCUGCUCGGCCUGUUCGAGGCCGGCUGCCUGCCCCUCUUCUCCGUCAUCACCUCGCAGUGGUACCGCCGCGCCGAGCAGCCCCUCCGCGUCGCGCUCUGGUACGGCACCAACGGCGUCUCCACCAUGUUCGCCGCGGCACUGUCGUUCGGGCUCUGGCACAUCCAGGGCAGCCUGCACAGCUGGCAGGUGCUCUUCCUCUUCGUCGGCCUCAUGACGGUCGCCACGGCGCCCGUGGCCUACUACGUGCUCGACAACGACAUCGCCUCGGCCCGCUUCCUCUCGGAGCGCGAGAAGCUCAUGGCGCUCGAGCGCCUGCGCGCCAACCAGACCGGCACGGGCAGCCGCGAGUUCAAAAUGUCCCACGUCAAGGAGACGCUGCUCGAGCCCAAGACGUGGCUGUUCGUCGGCACCGCGCUCUGCAUCAACCUCAUCGCCACCGUCACCAACACCUUCGGCCCCAUCGUCGUCACCGGCUUCGGCUUCGACAGCCUGCGCGCGAGCCUGCUCAACAUACCCUUCGGCGCCGUCCAGGUGAUCGUCAUCAUGGGCUCCAGCUGGGCCGCCCACCGCUUCAGCGUCAAGUCGGCCUUCCUGGCCGUCAUCACGCUGCCCGUGCUGGCGGGGAGCAUCAUGCUCUUCGUGCUGGGCCGCGACAGCAUCCCGCCCCUGCUGGUGGCCUACUACAUGCUCGCCUUCGUCUUCGGCGGCAACCCGCUCCUGGCCUCGUGGAUGAUCGCAAACACGGCCGGCCAGACCAAGAAGUCGGUCAUCAUGUCGCUCUUCAACGCCGGCAGCGCCGCCGGCCAGAUGAUCGGCCCGCUCCUCUUCAACGCCCGCGACGCCCCGGGCUACCACCCGGGCCUGACAAAGGUCAUGGGCGUCGCGGGCGCCCUCGUCGCCAUCAUCGGCCUCACCACCCUCCACCUCGUCUUCCUCAACAGGCAGCAGGGCAACAGGCGCGUGCUCAACGGGAAGCCGAGGGACAUAACCGACCUGUCCAUGCAGCACUCCUACGCCGGCUUCCGCGCAGACGACAGCGAGGCCGCCGAAGGCGCCGUGAGGCUCGGUGAGAACGCCUUCCUCGACAUGACCGACAGGCAGAACGACGAGUUUGUAUACGUCUACUAGGAGAGAUGUGGGUCAGCUGAGGAUUAGGAAUGAUGGGAUCUUGGCACGAUAUACCAUUGGAUACAUGGCCUGUGACAGUUGCAUAGUAUGGAAUUUACACAGGAAAAUGCUCAGUGACCCAGACUACCGAAGCAUGUUCGUUGCGAAACAAGCAGAAAAGGCUGAAAAACAAAUGUCCCUCGUCGGCAUUUACCCCUCGUCAUCACUGCCCUCCUCCCAGUCCGACAUCCCCUUCCCCUCCUCACUAAACAAACUCCGG